GAAAAUCAGGAGCCCCAACUAAAAGAGUUGGAAGAAAGUAAAGCACUCCCAUCUUUACAAGAACAGCAAGACUUUAUUUCAUUAGUGAAGCAAAUCUUGAAUCCCAAUGGUGAAGAUCCUCGAAUCGACGAAUAUAUUACUAGCACAUUCAGUUAUAUUCUGAAUGUGUUAUACAAAAUGGUAACCACCGAUGAUAAGGAGGCCACUGCAAAAGAAAUUGCCCAAGAUUUGAAUGACAAAUUCGACAGAUGGGUUGAACAAAGAACUAAGCAAGAACAAGAGAACGAA